AUGGAAAGGCAGCAAUAUGACCUGAACACUUACAAUCAGAGUAACACGUGGAAUGGGACUGUAGUUGGUCCACACAUCGUUGACACGCUGCAGCAGACAGCAUGUGACACAAGACUCGAUCAAGCAGAACAGUUCUUUAGAAGUGGACAUACAAAUAACUGGGCCGUUUUGGUGUGUACAUCUCGAUUCUGGUUUAAUUAUCACAUUGUCCUGAUGCUGGCAGAUGAUAUGGCAUGUAAUCCCAGAAAUCCCAAACCAGCUACUGUGUUUAGUCAUAAAAACAUGGAGCUAAAUGUUUAUGGAGAUGAUGUGGAAGUGGAUUACAGAAGCUAUGAGGUUACUGUAGAAAAUUUCUUGCGUGUAUUAACAGGAAGAAUCCCACCAAGCACACCACGAUCUAAACGUCUUCUUUCUGAUGACAGAAGCAAUAUUCUAAUAUAUAUGACAGGCCAUGGUGGAAAUGGUUUCCUGAAAUUCCAAGAUUCUGAAGAAAUCACAAAUGUAGAACUUGCUGAUGCCUUUGAACAAAUGUGGCAGAAAAGAAGGUACAAUGAAUUGUUGUUUAUUAUUGAUACUUGUCAAGGAGCAUCCAUGUAUGAGCGAUUUUAUUCACCUAAUAUAAUGGCCUUGGCUAGCAGCCAAGUUGGAGAAGAUUCUUUAUCACAUCAACCUGAUCUUGGGAUUGGCGUUCAUCUUAUGGACAGAUACACAUUCUAUGUGCUAGAGUUCUUGGAAGAAAUUCAUCCAGCCAGUCAGACAAAUAUGAAUGACCUAUUUCAGGUUUGUCCAAAAAGUUUGUGUGUUUCCACACCCGGGCACCGAACGGAUCUCUUUCAGCGGGACCCUCAAAAUGUUCUGAUAACUGACUUCUUUGGCAGUGUGAGAAAGGUGGAAAUUACGACAGAGACAAUUUCUUUGGACCGUGACGUAGCUGGUUUUGAAAGCAAGCUUCCAAAGGACGAAUUGGCAACAGAGCCACUAAAAUAUGCUGAACAGCUUCCUGUAGCUCAGAUAAUACACCAGAAACCAAAACAAAAGGACUGGCAUCCUCCCGGAGGAUUUAUUUUAGGACUCUGGGCAUUGAUCAUCAUGGUUUUCUUCAAAACAUAUGGAAUCAAGCACAUGAAACACAUCUUCUGA